CGGCGACGGCGCGCUGCUGGAGUCAUGAGGAAGAUGGCGGCGUCCAGGGGAGGCUGAGGAUUAUGGGGCGAUAGUGACAGGUUUCCGUACAGCCCGAACGUGUGGCUUGGCGGUCCUUUCGCUCUGUAUUUCCUGCUCCCAGAUUUCGCGCCACGCGUCUUCUCAGACUCUCGUGCGCGAUGUGGAGGAGCUGCCUCAAAUUGCGGGACCCAGGACGCCGGCUUCUGUACCGGCCCGCAGGUGGCCCUACAGCGUUCGUGGGGCUGGGGCCAACCCUCCCGGCCCUGGCCCGGGCUUACGCCCCCCCGACAGAAAGGAAGAGGUUUUAUCAGAAUGUCAGCAUCACACAGGGUGAAGGUGGCUUUGAGAUAAACCUGGACCACAGGAAGCUGAAAACUCCCCAAGCCAAGCUCUUUACCGUUCCCAGUGAGGCCCUGGCCAUCGCAGUGGCCACUGAGUGGGACUCCCAGCAGGAUACCAUCAAGUACUACACCAUGCACCUGACCACACUGUGCAACACAUCCUUGGACAACCCAACCCAGAGAAACAAGGAUCAGCUGAUCUGGGCGGCUAUGAAGUUUCUGGACACAGAUACCAUCUGCUACAGGGUGGAAGAGCCAGAGACAUUAGUGGAACUUCAAAAGAAUGAGUGGGAUCCGAUCAUAGAAUGGGCUGAGAAAAGAUAUGGUGUGGUAAUCGGCUCCUCCACUAGCAUAAUGGGACCUAGCAUCCCUGCCAAGACUCGAGAGGUGUUUGUCAGCCAUCUGGCAUCUUACAACAUGUGGGCCCUACAAGGGAUCGAGUUUAUGGUGACCCAGCUCAAGUCCAUGGUGCUGACCUUGGGCCUGAUUGACCGGCACUUGACAGUGGAGCAGGCUGUGCUGCUGUCACGUCUAGAGGAGGAGUACCAGAUCCAGAAGUGGGGCAACAUUGAGUGGGCCCAUGACUACGAGCUGCAGGAGCUGAGAGCCCGAACCGCCGCCGGCACCCUCUUUGUGCAUCUCUGCUCUGAGAGCACUACGGUCAAGCACAAGCUUCUGCAGGAGUGAGGCCUAGGCAGCACCUGCCUGCAGGACAGAGGCUUUACCCCCAUAGUGCCUCCUACCUGGGGGGCGGGCCUGUGAGGCUCCUCACUGUGGGGCUCUUCUGACCUACAGAGCUCUCUGGCAUUUGGGGCUCAGGCUCACUCAGCAUCACCCUGCCCAGAGGUCAACCUGAUUCUAAGCCAGGUGCCCUGGCCUGGCCAGCAGUGAGUGAAGGUGAUGAGUUGUACAAGUGACUUUCUCUUGACCCUGAUUUUAUUAAAUAUUUCUCCACCCUGAAAA